AGAUUGUUGACUUUUUUUUUCGGUUCACGAAUGAUCACGACAGCUUGUGAGUAGGAGUAGGUGGACAAGAGCAAUCAAUAAAAGUUAUUUUAAGUAAGUAGUUUCGUAAUGAUUAGUUAUUUGCCUUUGAAGAUGUUGGAUGAGUAGUGAUGUGGUUACUUAGGUCCUUUGCAUCGUAACAGUCUGUUAGGAAAAAAGAUGAGGACGGAGAUGGACGUGCCUGCUGCCCGUGCGGUUGUGCCCCUCCUUGUACGAGCUGUUGAUGUGAAACAAUCAAAUGGGCAUUGAAGGUUCUUCGAACAUUUUGUUCAGAAGCCGACGAUGACUACCACCAUGCUACCAAGAUGACUACAAAGGCGAUAGGGCAGUAGCGCUUAGCCGGUUUCCAUCCGCUUGGACGGCGGCCGUGCUCGUGCUCCUCCUGCUAUUUACUUUGUGACUACAUGAUGAAGAUGUUUAUGUUGUCUACUGAUGGGCAUCUUUAGCUGCUUUUUUCAUCCACGACGAACAUGUUCAAGUAAGUACUUAACUUAUUCACGACUGAGUUUGAUAUCACGAGACUUCUAGAAGUUUUUUUACCUCCAUCAUCUUGACUGAAUUAGAAAUGUCACUCUCGUCAAUUGCGUUGGAUAAGUCUUCUGUAAAAUUGUUCCACCGCCCCGAACGAAGUCCGUAGUCACACCCAAAGUCACGUACCUAUCGGUUGAAUGCUCGUACACCUAUACGUACUAGUUGUAGAUUGCUGCACUAACUUUUUCUGUAUGUCACAGAUUGAUCUAGUAUCUUGCUUUCAGAAGGAGCUUUUCGAAUUAGUGGAGAAGAUGAUGAUGCGCACUCGUACAGUUGCCGUCUCAUCUUUUCCACGACAAUCAACAAGCGAUUUACACCGAUUGGUGCUACUUUAAAUCCCAGGAACACCAUAAUAUCGUUAAUAUCCUUUAUAUUUAUCCCAGUUCCACACAAAGAACUGCUCUUAUAUAUAAAUACUACCUCUACUAGUUUGCAGCUAGUAGGAAUCCCAUAGUUGCAUCUGUACGACUGACCGCUGAUUGCAAACAAAGGAUUCCUUGUAUUCAGUUGUCUACAGCAGUCGGAUUCUUAGAAAAGUCUGGUGGUCCUGUCUGCUUCUUUUGGAGACACCGACUCGAGAAGGAUCUAGUGCUGUCGUCGACAGUUGUCCUCGGACGUCGUUGGGUUGAAGAACUCGCCGCUGCUAGACAAAGCUUCAUCCCUCUACGUGCUGCUCAGUUCGCAUUUCACUUUUUUUUUACAGUCUACGCAAAAACCGUC